AUGGAUUCAUCCAAACAUAUUUUGGGCUCUGAAGGGUGCAGCAGCAGCGAAUCUGGGUGGACAAUGUACCUCGCCUCUCCCAUGCAAGAAGAUGAUGAUCAAUGCAGUUAUGAUGUUAAUGACUACAAUGCUCACGAUGUGAGUAAAAAUUAUCGCUCUGCUGCUGAUGGAGACAGUGAUGACUCCAUGGCUUCUGAUGCUUCCUCUGGUCCCCAUCAUCAAAACACCCAUGAGAAUGGUCAUGGGGCAGUACAUUUUAAGUUCAGCAAGGGUGGUCUUUUCAACCUCCUUUCCUCCUUAGCCAAACCAGAGAAAAAAGACAAGAAGAGUGAUAAGAACAGUGCCAAAAAGAGCCGGAAACUUGAUGCUCACAGAAAACACAAGUAG